GCCGCCAAUAAAAAAAAAAGAAGAAGAAGAAUGCUUCUUUGAGUAACUGUUGCCAUCGCUUUUCCGUUUGACUCGCAUUUAUACAAAGACUUUAACAUAACGAAGGCUCAAAUGGCAACAGAAAGCGAAGAGAACGGCACGGAUAUGCAAACUGAGGUGGAGACGUCUGCUUAUUCGCUAGCUCGGUGUAAACUGGAGAACCUCCUCAAUAAGAGCAUGAGGAUCCGGAUGACUGACGGCCGAACGCUGGUGGGGCUCUUCCUGUGCACAGACAGAGACUGCAACGUCAUCCUGGGAUCUGCACAAGAGUUUCUCAAAUCCACAGAUUCUUUCUCACAAGGUGAGCCCAGAGUGUUAGGACUGGCGAUGAUCCCUGGCCAUCAUGUGGUUUCUAUAGAAGUGGAAUCUGAAAGCCUUCAGACGACCACCCAUGGACUCUGACAACUUUAGAGACUUCUGGAUCACCAUAUGGACUACAGAGCAUGUAGUUUACACACACGCACACAUUUUGUCUGCAAAUAUAGAGAUGGCAAUUAAGAUCCAUUAAAGCUGGAGUUAUUGACCCAAAUGGUGUUUUCCUAAUUUGUAGGAAACUCCCAUUCCAUACACAGUGGGUUAGUCCUCUAUGUUGAAACAAGAAUAAUAACAUGACUGUACCUUUUUGUUUGUGUUUGCUUGCUUGUGAGCACAUUGUUUGUAUAUAUUGACACUGUUAUUUUUCAGUAAGAGACAGAUCUUUCAUGUUUCUCAUAUUUGAGAAUCAUUGCAUCUCUAAUUUUCCCUCUUAACCUCAUAUCACCAGCUGAGGUUAUUCAGACGUUAUCACAGACUUUAUUGCAUUAAAUGUAUUAUUAGUUACUAUUAUUACUUUAUUGCAUUAGAUGAUGAUGAUGAUUAUUAUUAUUGCCUAUAUAACAGCAUAUUUUAGUGGUGCUGAAAUUGAGUGAUUUAGGGUGCUAAUACAUUAUUAUGUACCAGUACAGUACAUUAUUUAAAUAGGCAAAUGCUCCUUAUAAAAAAGAAUAAAUUCAAAGAAAAUGUUUUAUUUGUUUUAUAUGAGUUUACUGACCAUGAAUAUCAAAUUUAUAUGUGUAUUUUAAUUAAAUUUGUUAUAUUAGUCAUAAAAACAUUUUUGUUGUUUGGUUAUUGAUGACAUCAUAGACAGAGGCAGGUCUAAUAGGCUGCAUUCAC